AUGGGAAGCAUGGGGAACUCAAUCGGCAGAACUGGGGCCAAGGCUUCAGUCGACAAGCUGACUGCAAUCUCUAGAAGUAUUGAGGAGAAUACUCAGAUCCUUACACAAAAGCUGCAUACCCAAGGACUCGGUGCUCCCUCGUACCAGGCCGAUGGACUGGCUGAUUUCCCACUCAAAGAGUCAGAUGCCGAGACUCUGAAAGCCAGACAGAAGAUACUCUCGUUGACCAAGGAGCUUCGAGACUUGGUCUUGGGUCCUCGAGAGGCUCUGAAGCAGAUGGCCAUGGAUAUUGUCAAUUGCAUCCCAUUGCACGCCAUUUAUUCUUUCAAGAUUGCAGAAGCAGUCCCUCAAGUUGGCACCAUCUCAUAUGAUGACCUUGCCAAGGAGAUCCAGCGAGUCUCGGGGUAUACUGUUCCUGCAUUCGACCUUCGCAGGCUUCUGCGUCUUGCCAUGGCCAGCAACCUCUUCUGCGAACCAAAACUAGGUCAAGUCGCCCACAAUCGCUCAUCGCUGCUCAUGCUGGAGGACGAAAACCUAGCCAACUGGGUGGGACUCUAUACCGUUGACUUAUUCCUCCCUGUUGGCGCCACCGUGAGUGCUAUGCAGAAGUGGCCAGGUUCGCAAGACCUCACAGAAACUGGCGUCAAUAUCGCAUACGACCACCGAAAUACCUUCUUCGCCCAUCUCCAAGCUGAUCCCACGCGCGCCAAGAGAUACGAACUCGCCAUGCGAGCCCACAGCUCCAGCGAAGGCUUCGAUCUGUCACACACAGUUCACAGCUACCCCUGGGAAAAGCUGGGUAACGCGACGGUCGUAGAUAUGGGCGGCAACGAAGGCUACGUCUCCAUGGCCAUUGCCGAAGCCUUCCCCAAUUUGACCUUUGAAGUCCAGGACCUGGCUGGGAUGCGUGCGAAAUCCAACACCAGCAAGGUUCCCUCCCACUUAGCCGACCGCGUCGCGCUCACAACUCACGAUUUCUUCAACGAGCAGCCUACUGUUGCGGAGGCAUACUUUCUCCGCCACAUCUUCCACGCGUUCCCGGACAAGGACGUCGUGCGUGUGCUGCGGGCUCUGGUGCCAGCUAUGAGGAACGGCUCGCGUGUCAUUAUGAAUGAUGCGGUGUUGCCUGCUCCGGGUGCUGCGCCGCCGAUGGAGGAAAAGACUUUCCGACUGCUAGAUGUGCUGAUGAAGACUGUCUGUAAUGGCCGCGAGAGAGAGGUCAAUGACUGGAAGGCCCUGUUUGAGGAAGCGGAUACGAGGUUUGUGUGGCAGGGGGCGUGGAAGUCGAGUGGCAAGUUGUGGUUUGUCGAGGCUGUUUGGCAGGAGAAGCAGUGA